AGUUCCAGAAAACACGAGAGAGAGAGAGAGAGCUGGGAGCUCUGACCCGGACGCCACCGCGACCAGAGAAGGAAACCCCACCAGGGGGACGCCGUCCGGACACCCCACGACGGCGCGCGGCCACCAGCGGCUUCGUCUCGGUGUCUUCUACGUCCCUGUGGUCCCAAAUUUUAUAUGCAGCAACUGGGAACGGAGAAUUGACGAUCCAAAGCUUGAAGAACCUCCGGCGAGUUUCAACUAAUUCCGGCGACUCCGGCCACUGUUUGGGGUGUAUUCGGUAUGGAAAUGCAUCCCCUCGUGAUGCUCUACAUGUUUAUGUAAUUAUUUUUGAAAUUGGAUCAUGUUUUGACAACUUCGUUUCUGGGUUCAUCUGAUCUUGGUUGCCCCUGAGGAUGCAGCGUCUGAAACUUCCACUACGGUUUCCCAAAUCCAUUUCCUAUGGUUACAGAGCCUUCCACGAUAAGACGCAGCUGGAGAAUGUCGGGCCGCUGGCUUCAAUCCUCAAGUCCCGGGCAGUGGUUCGGUUCCGAGGUCCAGAUACAGUUAAGUUCCUUCAGGGGCUGUUGACGAAUGAUGUAAGGAGGUUUGGUGAACCCUUGAGUGAGAAGACCUCAGCAUUGGUCACACCCAAUUUAUCCUCGGCGUCCAUACCACCUAUGUAUGCCGCGCUAUUAACGCCUCAGGGAAGAUUCUUAUAUGAUUUUGUCUUGUAUGGCCUGCCUAGGCCGGAUGCCAAGCUUAAUAGGGCUGGGUCGGGACCUGGGGCAGACCCAGAUGAGCCGUUGGAGGUCUUUGCUGACGUAGAUGCUUCAGUCUUGGACGAACUCUUGAGCACCUUAAAGAAAUACCGUUUGAGGGCUAAGGUGGACAUUGAGAAUGUGGCAGACGAGUUAGAUUGCUGGCAGCGUUAUGGGGGAAAGCUAUCUGAGAAGGACUCCUCUGUAGAAGAACCAGAAGCUGCUAGUGUUGGCUGGGGUGCUGGUGUUGAUCGCUUAGGCAUGUCAACUUCACGUGGAGAGCCUUGUGGAUGGCAGUGGUUUAAGGAUCCGAGAUUGGAUUGCCUUGGUUUCAGGGGGAUCUUCCCGUCUAAUACAACACCACCUUUCGUUGAAGCUGACAAAGAAACAGAUGAACAAAACUACCUUCUAUGGAGAAUAGAAAAUGGUGUUGCAGAAGGAUCAACCGAGAUCCCUAAAGGUGAGGCAAUUCCUCUAGAAUAUAACCUGGUGGCUCUAAAUGCAAUUAGCUUUGACAAAGGGUGUUAUGUGGGCCAAGAGCUUGUUGCUCGAACACACCACAGAGGGGUCAUUCGCAAACGCCUGCUUCCUCUAAAAUUUCUCAAGGAUAGCGGAGAAGAAGCAGAGCAGAAGGUUGCCCCUGGCUCUGAAGUGAUUGAUAGUGUUUCUGACAAGAAAAUUGGUACUGUCACAACUCAACUUGGAUGUCGUGGACUUGGUGUCUUGCGUUUGGAUGAAGCUUUUAAAGGAUCAAGUACGCUAACCAUACGAAGCCAGGACGAUGUGAAGGUCGAGCCUAUUAGACCCAAUUGGUGGCCGCCUGAAUGGUUGCAAGGACAUCAGCGUCGAAGUGCAGCUGCUUAAAAUUAGUCGCUUUGUAUGGACUUCCUUGAUCCUGCAAGUCGUUGUUGUGGUUCUAAUACCUUCAUUGAUUUUGUUGAAAGAAAAUAAGGGACAUGUUGUCAUGUUUCAAGAAAGAUGAUGUUGUAUAUUUAAGCUUACUCAUCUUUAGAGCUUACAACAAUGGAGUUUUGCUGUCGAUAUGCCACUAGUCAGUUGAUUUCAACUCCUUUGUUGACUA